AAAUAGUUAUACCGUUUCUCAUUCUUCCUGUUAAAGAUGUAGGCUAUCGCCCACAUUCUCUGUUCACUUAUUAACCAUUUCUGGAAUCCAGAUUUCGGCUAAGCAGAUGUUGCUCUUUUGAGCGCUUCGUUUCCGCACUGUCAUUAUUUCCUUUUCCAGUCCGGGGGAAGUUAUUUCGAUUUGCGAAGAGUGUCACUCUGAUCGCGGACAGCAGGAACCAUCACUGUGAACUUCAUUGAAAAGUAACUGUUUGACGAGCGCGAUGGGGGACAUCGAGGCUCCGGAGAGAAACCGAUCACAGGAGGCUGGAGUUCGUUCUCUUCUCCCGAGUAAAGAGUUCAUCUCCUCCCGAAAAGGACUUCUUCUGAUCGGAGAAGUGGUGCUAUCGUUUAUCAGUUUUGUGUGUUUUGCUGCCUCAACAGCAGCUGCCUUUGUCACAGCUCCCUUCAUUGAAUUCUUAGCAGCCCUCGUCCUACUCUUUGCUUAUUCUACGAAGUUCAAUGAGAGAUUCAAGGGCUUUCACUGGCCCCUCAUGGACUUCCUACGCUGUGUCAGUGCCUCCAUCAUCUUUUUCAUAAUCUCUAUAAUAUCUGUGUCUAAGUAUCUAGAUGGAGCCUCCAAGGCUGCUGGGGUCUUUGGCUUCACUGCCACAGUACUUUUUGCCCUGGAUUUUUAUUUCAUCUUUAAUGAACUGGCCAACUUUCUCAAAGGAGGUGAUUCCAGUGAACCACCCAAUACACAAGAUGAUGACUCAGACUCUGACUAAAGCUGUGAUUGUGUCCGAGACAGCAUCUGGUAUAUGUGGCCUGA